AUGAGGUCUUGCAGUCUGUGCAUCGUGCUAAGUAUAUAACAACUGACUCUAGCAUAGAAACACAAAUCACAAGUUGCUGUGCAAGAUGAACGUUUUGCAGAGAGCUACCUGAAGAAAUUCUUCAACCUAACAGAGGAGACAGGUUCAUCUGGCAGACAGGGGAUCAGCCCGGUGAGCAGGAAGCUGAGUGACAUGCAGCGAUUCUUUGGUCUCCAGAUCACCGGGACGCUGGAUGCUAAAACCUUAGAGAUGAUGAAGAAGCCCCGCUGUGGCGUUCCAGACGGCAACAUUGCCAGUUUCUCCACUUUUGGAGAAAACCUCAAGUGGACUAAGAACAGCCUCACCUACAGGAUAGUGAACUACACACCUGACAUGCCAGUGUCAGAGGUCGAUGACUCCAUAGAGAAAGCACUGCAGGUUUGGGCCAAAGUCACUCCUCUGAGAUUCACAAGAAUCAACAGUGGCACCGCUGACAUCAUGAUCUCCUUUGGCCGCCUACAGCAUGGUGAUUUUUACCCCUUUGAUGGUCCUGAUGGCACUCUUGCCCAUGCCUUCGCUCCAGCACCUGGCAUUGGAGGAGAUGCUCAUUUUGAUGAAGAUGAGACGUUCACUUUCCGCUCAAACAAUGGCUACGUCCUCUUCAUGGUGGCUGCCCAUGAGUUUGGCCACUCCCUGGGCUUGUCUCACUCUGAUGAUCCUGGUGCUCUCAUGUACCCAACGUACUCAUACAGAAACCCCAACACCUUUGUUCUGCCCCGGGAUGAUGUCAACGGCAUUCAGUCUCUCUAUGGUCCAAACCCAGACAAGGACCCUGUUAAGCCUGGACCUAAGCCUCCAACCACCCCUGAUGCCUGUGAUUCAACCAUGGUCUUGGACGCUGUCACCACCCUGCGAGGAGAAAUGCUCUUCUUCAAGGGCAGUUUCUUCUGGCGUAGCUACCCCCAGAGUGCGACACCACAGCAAAGUCUCAUCACAAACUUCUGGCCCAACGCCCCCAUCAACAUCGACGCUGCUUAUGAAAGCCAACAGUCAGACAGAAUCUUUUUCUUUAAAAAUCAUAGAGUGUGGGCUUUCAGUGGCUAUAAUCUUGUACGUGGCUAUCCUAAAUCAAUUGCCAGUGUUGGUCUGCCCACAAGCGUGAAGAAAAUCGAUGCAGCGCUCUAUGAUGCAGAAUCUCGCAAGACUCUGUUCUUUGUAGACAGAGGGUACUACAGUUAUGAUGAGGCCAAAAGGACUAUGGACCCAGGAUUCCCUAAGCAAUUAGAUCAGACCUUCCCCGACCUGACCAACAAGGUGACUGCAGCUUUCCAGUACAGAGGUUUUGCUUACAUCUACAGUGGACCCUAUAUGUUUGAGUACAACCUGGAGACGAGGAGGUUGUACCGUGUGCUGAGGAACAGCUACUUCUUGCGCUGUACUCACGACUAUCUGUCUCAGUUUUUCUCUGAUGUGGGUGUCAGUGCCCCAGGCAGUGUCUGGCGCAGCUCUCUAGACUCCUUUGAAGACACUCUCAGAAAAAUGCAGGGUUUCUUUGGCCUGGAGGUGACAGGGCAGUUGGACUCCAACACCCAGGACGUGAUGGCUCGUCCCCGCUGUGGUUUCACAGAUGUGACCAGAUAUGGCCACUUUGACGGUCGACCAAAGUGGGACAAGUCUGUGAUCACAUACAGGAUAACCGAAUACACACCAGACUUGAGUCAAAGUGAUGUGGAUGCGAUCAUGGCCAAAGCUCUGAAACUCUACAGUGACGUCAUUCCUCUGGAUUUCAAGCAGAUCUACAGCGGCACGGCUGACAUUAUGAUCACAUUCAAGGCUCGAGACCAUGGAGAUUUUGCUCCAUUCGAUGGGAAGGGUGGGGUCUUGGCCCAUGCAUUCUCCCCUGGAGAAGGAACCGGAGGUGACACCCAUUUUGACGAAGACGAAAACUGGACUCUAACCUCAGCAGGAACCAACCUGUUCUUGGUGGCAGCCCAUGAGUUGGGCCAUGCACUAGGAUUGGCCCACUCUCAGGUUCCGACAGCCCUGAUGUAUCCCACCUACCAGUAUGUGAACACAGUGGGGUACGAGCUACCAAAUGAUGACAGGCAAGGAGUUCAGGCCAUCUACGGAGUCAGAGCAACAUUAGGUCAACCGACAACUAAACCUGACCCAAAUCCACAGCCUACCAUAAAACCUGUGCCAAAACCACAACCUAGACCUGAGCCAGAUCCUGAACCCACAUCUAAACCUCCUCCAGACAGGUGCAGCAGGGACCUGAUUUUUGAUGCUGCAACCUCCAUUCAGAGCAAUCUUUACUUCUUCAAAGAUGGGCAUUUCUGGAAGAGGAGCAGCUCCUGGGACGGCAUCAUUAUGAUGAAAAUUCAGUCUGUCUGGCCUGGAAUCAGCAAAGUUGAUGCUGCCUAUGAGUAUGGAAAAAGCAGUACUGUCAUUUUCUUUGAAGGGAAUCGUUACUGGAGGAUCAGAGGAAACACUGUCCUACCUGGUUAUCCCAAACCUCUCAGAGAUUUUGGCUUCCCCACAUCUGUCACCAAGGUAGAUGCUGCUGUCCAUGUGUCAUUCACAAGCAGAACCCUCCUCUUUGCGGGGAACCAAUACUGGAGCUACAAUGACAGGAGUGGCAGAAUGGAUGCUGGGUACCCAAAAUUGAUUCACACAGAGCUCAGAGGGAUUGGCAACAGAGUGGAUGCUGCCUUUGAGAACAAAGGUUUCCUGUACUUUUCAAAUGGAUCCCGACAAACGGAGUACCACUACCAGCGAAGGAGAGCGCUGCGCACUCUGUUAAACUAUGAGUGGAUGGAUUGCACACACACAUACACACAACUCCUGAGCACAAAAUAAUAGCUAUGGUAUACUUCACUAAUCCUGAGCUUAAGCAGGCUUUCCUGUAGAAAUCUGCAUAGAAAUACAAUAUUUGAAAAAAGAAAUACAUAACAAAAUAGCUAAUAAUUGUGCAGGCAACAGC